UCCCAUUUUUUCCGAUUGUUUUUAAAUUUAAAAAAUUAUUUUUCAUUGGUGCCGCCUAUUCUUGUUCUCCGUCCCUCUUACUUCCUGAUCUAACCAAGCUGUGGUCAAAUAACAUGGAGUCAAAUACGAAGUGUCACAUUUUCACUAUACCUCUAUAGUAGAAGAGCCGUUCUCUGCAGUUAUAAUUGAUGAUAUUGUUAAAAACAAUGUCUGACGAAUUGUUGUCUACGGAGAACAAAUUUUACGUGAUAAAUGGAGAACUUGAGCGUAAAAGUAAAGCAUUAAUGAAGCAUGUUGACUCCUUUGUGAAUAACAGAUUAUUUCACAAUAAACUUGACAGCGGAAUAUAUCCCUCAGACGGACUAACGUCACGCGGGGUAAAUAGCCAAAAAUGCAAAAGUUGUGAUCACGAAAAUGAUACCGAAAAAACUUUGAAAUUCAAUAAAAUACAAAAUGCACCCGUUUUAGUGAUCAAAGACUUUCAAACCGAUUCAAAUACGUCGCGAUUCUUAACGAAAACAAAGCAAUCCAUGGACAAAAGGGUAUUAAAAGGCGAUGAAAGUGUCGAAGAAACGUUUGGAAAGCAAGCUAAUAGUGCAUGUAACGACGCAGUGGUCAGAUUUUUCAAAUCUAAGGCAAAGAUUCUAGAGACUGAACUGGGAGCAAUGAAACUUGAGUAUAAAAAGAAAUGUGAUUACAGUAAUGAGCUUCAAGUUGAGAAUAAAAAAAUAGACGAGGAGCGGGUGAAAUUGUAUGGAGAAUUAUCCAUACUGAAAGAUACUCUACUUAAAAUCGAGGCCAUCAAUACCACUCAAUUAACCAGCCUGCGGAAAAGCGAGAGUGAAAUUAUAGCAUUGAAAAAGGAGAUUGAUUCCUUAAAAAAGGAAAUGAAAGUAAUAAAUCAGAAUUCAACCAAUUUGGGUGUCAGGCUGAACAGGGCUUCAGAGGAUAAUGAGAGGCUUCGCAAAGCCUUAAAAUGUAGUCGAUUAGAUGAAAAAGAGUUGAGGGAUGAGAAUCGAAGAUUAGUUGAAAUUAAGAAAUCAGCUAUUAUAAACUUAGAAAAGCAGCGUAUAGAAUUACUACAAGCUUUCAAAAAGCAAAUUUUGCUGAUUGAUAAUCUCAAAAAACAAAGGGCACAUCUAGAGGCAGACAUGCUAGUCACGUACAGCGAAGAAGAAUUAUCAAACCUUCUAAACUGGAAAGUGGAUGACUUGUAGCAAUAAUUUUCUGUUCGAAAAUUUAGGUGAUUGGUUGAUGCUGCUUAAAAUUCAUCCUACACGAUGACUGGAAAUAAAAAAUGCAGACGUGCAACAUGACAUAGUAACCAUACUAGUCGCAAAAUGACUGAUAACGAUAGAUGUUGAAAACGUCACAUCAAGGUACGUAUUUAUACAGAUUCGUUAGAAACUAAAACGAUCACGAUCCUUGUUCAAUGGAAAACAGUAUUCUCGUUCAUGUCAUACAGCCCAUAAAAUUGGUUACACUAUGAUUCCAUGUAAUUUAUAUCAUUGAAUAAAAAAAAUUGUCAAUGUAAAUUACAUAUCCUAACAUAACUAACUCAAAUAUACAUUUUUUGAUUAAAUUUAAUGUUAUGCAUCUUGCAGAUUACCUGUAUUCAGUUUUUACGGAUCUUCUUUAUUUCUUUUAGUUUCUUAUUUUUUGGUCCGCGUUAUCCAAUGUCAAUCUUACCAAAAGAAUUUGUAGCAAACGCCUCUAUAUGAUUAUUCACUUACUUUUUUUUAUUUUAUUUAAACAUAAUUAGUAUGUACACUACUCGACAAGUUUUACAGCUCCUCACCAAACAUUUUUUUUUCUUCCAUCAUCAUCCGUAUGAAAAAUUCGAAGUUGAACCCAUUUCGGAGAGAUUAUUAAUCGGUCCAAUCUCCGAUUUUUACCUACAGAUAUUCAAAAUUAUUUCACUUUUGCAAAUCGGAUGGUUUUCCUUUAGUUAUUCAUUCAUUUUUGUCGUUUAUUAUUCUUGCCUCUGCCCAGCGCGGAACAUUAAUUUUCAAUUGGUAUUCUUUUGUUGCUUUAUACUUAUUUGAAAUGAUCGAAUGAAUAAGAAGAGUAUCCUCAUGAAACAAAAAUUAUUUUGUGAAACUUAUCCAACCGGUUCCUACUGCCUACUCUAAUUUCUUGAUUCUAUACUUCAAGAUUAAUUCCAUAAGUAGCCAUUUGAAGAAUUACAAUUUGUACCCCCUACAAACAAUUUUAAAAAUCAAAACGAAACAAAUUCGAAAAAUCAACUCACUGCAACUUGUCAAUUUUUCUAGACUAAAAAAUACUGAAAGCAUUGUAUGCAUCACUCGGCAGCUUAUAUCGUUUGGAGGUGAUGUUAAAGAUUCUAUUAUUAAUUGAUCGUUCAUAUUGGAACUCACUUUCAACAUCAAUUGUGGUUUUAUCGCGAAUGAUGUAUGGUUCAUGUACAUUAGAUCAAUGUAAUUCAAUAAUAUGUAUUACAAGUAAUUAAUAAAAUUACAAUAUUGCGUGUUUCUUUUCAA